AUGAGUACGGGUGAUUUUUUAACUAAGGGAAUCGAAUUAAUUCAAAAAGCCAUUGAUCUUGAUACUGCUUCUGAAUAUGAACAAGCGUAUACGGCCUAUUACAAUGGCUUAGAUUAUUUGAUGCUAGCUUUAAAAUAUGAAAAAAAUCCAAAAUCAAAAGAUCUUAUAAGGGCUAAAGUCACCGAAUAUUUAAACAGAGCUGAACAAUUAAAAAAGCAUUUAGAUAACGAAACAGCCAAUGGAGUGCAAAAUGCCUCAAAUAAGGAUUCCGCUAAUGCUAAAAAAGUUUCUAACGAUGAUGAUACUGAAGAUACAAAGAAGUUAAAGGGAGCAUUAUCUGCUGCAAUUUUGACUGAAAAACCGAAUGUUAGAUGGGAAGAUGUAGCAGGUCUAGAUAGUGCAAAGGAAGCUUUGAAAGAGGCUGUAAUAUUGCCGGUAAAAUUCCCCCAUUUGUUUAAGGGCAAUCGGAAACCUACAACUGGUAUUCUAUUAUAUGGGCCUCCAGGGACAGGUAAAUCUUACUUGGCAAAGGCGGUUGCAACUGAGGCAAAUUCUACCUUUUUCAGUAUUAGUUCAUCCGAUUUAGUCUCUAAAUGGAUGGGUGAAUCUGAAAGAUUAGUUAAGAAUCUAUUCAAUAUGGCUCGUGAAAAUAAACCUUCAAUUAUAUUUAUUGAUGAAGUUGAUGCAUUGACGGGCCAGAGAGGUGAAGGUGAAAGUGAAGCAUCCAGAAGAAUUAAAACAGAAUUACUAGUUCAAAUGAAUGGGGUAGGUAAUGAUUCACAAGGUGUUCUGAUUCUAGGUGCCACUAAUAUCCCAUGGCAAUUAGAUAGUGCUAUUAGAAGAAGAUUUGAAAAAAGAAUUUAUAUCCCAUUACCUGAUCUGUCAGCAAGGACAACAAUGUUUGAGAUUAAUGUAAGUGAUACUCCCUGCACUCUUUCGAAAGAAGAUUAUAGAAUGUUAGGCCAAAUGACUGAAGGUUAUUCAGGUAGUGAUAUCGCUGUUGCUGUCAAAGAUGCAUUAAUGGAACCGGUUAGAAAAAUUCAGAGUGCUACACAUUUCAAAGAUUUGUCCGAUGAUUCUGAUAAACGCCGACUAACACCCUGUUCACCAGGUGAUAAGAAUGCCAUUGAAAUGAGUUGGACGGAAAUUGAAGCAGAUGAAUUACAAGAACCAGAUUUGACGAUUAAAGACUUUUUAAAAGCAAUCAAAAGAUCAAGACCCACUGUGAAUGAAGAAGACUUACGUAAACAAGAAGAGUUUACAAAGGAUUUUGGACAGGAAGGUAAUUAA